AUGUCUACCUUCCGUCUAAACGAGAGAAACAAGGUCAGCAAAGCAAACCGCCCAAAAACCCGGCUUGUGGACCGACGCUUCGCCAAGAUGAAGAGCAAAUUCCACCUGCGGACCAGAAAGUCCCUGUCUGAGCGAAACCCAGGACUGGCAGAGAAGAUCUCCCAGAUGCGUCUGACCAUCGCCCCCAUAGUCCACGUUAUCAGCGGCCAGCCCGCCCCAGACUUCCCACGCACAAUGCUCUCCCUCUUCACCCUAACCGAAGCCCAGCUCGACACGCUGGCAAACUACUACAGCCAAAGCCACACGCCCACCCAGCUGACCUACCGCUACCCGCAGACCAUGGACUGGAACAAACCCUUCCUAGCCAACGACGCCACACUAUCCGACGACUGCAAACUGAGCGAGAUCGAGCGUCUGAAGGUCAAGAUGCGUAUGUUUGCGCGCUUCAUAGGCAUGCAGGGCGCCGAUACGCCGCUGUGGGAAUACGAGCGUCAGGUGGAGAUUCUAGGGAACAAGAUUGCGCGCGUGGUGCGGGACGAGGAGGAAGAGUCGAUACGCAACAAGGCGUACCUGGGGCCGAAUAUGCAGUAUUGA